GAUUUAUUUACCGCUCUCAGCUGGAGUCAGUAAAUUCUCUAAUCACUGGGCGUUACUCGUUGGAGCGCAGAAUAUUCUUUGACUGUGUCCCAGCAUGGCUGUACGUUCGCUUACUUACCCAUCUCCCUGAUGUAUGUACCAAACGAUAACGGCCCAUCUCCCGCUCACGAGUCAACUCGACAAGUUUCGCGGCACUGGCCAAAGCGACGAAGGAAUUCGCGACCCGUCUGGAAUAUCGAUGUUGCCAAGGAAGUCUGUCGAGUCCGAUUGGCUGUGAGAUGACAGGACUCGGGUGUGUUCUACUUACAACGCCACAAAGCUUGGAGGGCGUGUGAACUUGUUCACUCUCACCUCUACCUCGCUGAAACAAACCCGUCGGUCGCUGUUGCGCGUUUUGUCAAGUUCGGUCCGUCUCUCUCUCCUGGUGCCCGAACUGAACGUGCUCCGGAUCCGAUAGCUUGCUAAGAAUGUGCGCCUGUUUCAAACGAUGUAGCAGCUGACAUCACUGGAACGCUCGGGAUGUCGUACCCAGCGAGGAUCACAGUGAACGCAUCGGCGAACGUCGGUCGAAGACGGUUCCAGCUCCUUCUUGGACGCGCACCGUGUAUUCUCGAUGGGUCCAUGUGGUUGUCUGUGCGAGCCUGUCUUGCCUUUGUCAGACGUCUAGCGCUCCGCAUUCCUAGGCUUCCCGACGGUCGCCCACGCACGGACCACCACCGACCCAUCGAGCCCUCCUUCUCUGUCGGAGAUAGGACCGUGUAUGACGCAGCAAGACUGCAAGAGACCGCUCAAGACCGCGUCUACUGACCAAUCUAUUGCAGAUCCCGCUUUGUAGCGCGCCGCCAGAGGUGUCCUAGUCUUGGCGUACAUGACUUCGGACGUUACCAAGCACACAUCGUUUCCGAUUGUCGCCGUCGGGCAGUCAUAGGUUCAUGCCUGACCUUGCCGUCUGACUCUCGGAACUAUGCUUUUCAAGAUAUAUAACUUGCCUCUCUCGGCCGGCAGUCCUCAGUGUUCGCCUCCUCACAGCCUCUAGUGUAAUCAUUCACCGACAAGGCCUUCGUGCCACUUAAUUACUCAAUCCCUCCUCGAGGCCAUAGCCAUCUUCUAAGCUCCCGACCAACCCGAAAACAUCAUGGGCAACCACGCGCUCGACCUCAACCCACCCAACGCCAACUACCACCUCACCACUCAUGGCUCUGACUGGCUUUGGGCGGCGUUCAGCGUCUUCGCGACGUCGCUGUUGGUCAUGAUCGUCCUCGAUUUCAUGAGGCCAAGAGGUACUCGGCUCUUCCACCAGCUCGCCAUCAUCAUUCUCGCCACCGCUUCCAUCUCUUACUUCUCUAUGGCGUCUGACCUCGGUGCUACGCCUAUUCCUGUCGAGUUCCGCGGCACAGGCACCCGUCAGAUCUGGUAUGUCCGCUACAUCCAGUGGUUCAUCACGUUCCCGCUGCUCCUCCUUGAGCUGCUGUUGUCGACUGGUCUGUCGCUCUCUGACAUCAUGACGACGCUCUUCAUGAGCAUCUUCCUCGUCAUCUGUGGUCUCGUCGGUGCUUUGGUCCAUAGUGACUACAAGUGGGGCUACUAUGUCUUCGGCUGUGCCGCGCUCUUCUACAUCUGGUUCGUGCUCCUCUGGCACGCACCCCGCGCGAGCUUCGCCGAAGCGACCGGCCUCAGGGCAGCGUACCUCACCGGCGCAGGCUACCUCUCGUUCAUGCUGAUCACGUACCCGAUCGCGUGGGCCUGCGCCGAGGGCGGCAACGUCAUCUCCGUCACGUCCGAGAUGAUCUGGUACGGCAUCCUCGACAUCCUCGCCGGCCCCGGCUUCCUCUUCCUCUUCCUCUUCCAGCUCCGCAACGUCGACUACGCCGCCUUCGGCCUCCACUCGGGCAAGUACACCGACUACGGCCGGAGUGCUGUCCGCGCGGAGAAGGGGCUCCCCGCCCAGAACCCGUCCGUUGCCCCAGCCCCAGAGCCGAUUACCCAGUGAUCGCCUCAGAGAUGGAGACGACUGCUCAUGAUUCCUUAACCCUCAUGGCCUAGAAACGCACAUCACGAUCGCGAGUUUCGCAAGUUCAACCUGUGCCUAUCCUUUCUUCACGACUUGACGACUACAGUUCUGAUUUAAUAGUCCCUGUAAUCGACUUCCUGGUCUUUUAUUUUCUUCCCCGGGAGCUGUACAGCACUUUUUUUUGUAUCCAUUCAAUGUACCUGUACCCGUUGUACAUCAAGUGUUUGUACAUCAGUAGCUUUUGCCUCAUGGCCUUCACCAACUUAGUGUCCGUGGUGUAAUACAUCUUGUCAACCACAGAAUCUCUGCCUCACUACGUGACCGUGCCGGGUCGAUUGCUUGAGAGACAAGAGUUUACAAGUGUCAACGGAUUAUUGGUACGUUCUUGGCACUAGACACCACCGGGUGUCAACAGUUCGAAACGACGCGACAACGUAGUCCAUUGAUAUGCAUUUACAGAGACAGCUCCGCUCUCCCACUCUACUUCUUCUUGGCAAUAACAACAUAAGUCUUGUACGGAUACUCAAACUCGCCCUUCUCCCUGUCCGUCCAGACCAGGUCGUCGCCCCUGGCGAGGAUACCCUUGAUGUCCUCGACGGCCUGCGCCUUCUGCUCGUCCGGCAGCACCGCGACGUAGCUCUUGCUGCACGCGCGGUCGACGACGAUCUGCUGCGUGCCGAGGAGAUGGUAGCUCCACUCGGCCUCCUCCUGCGGCGCGAAGCCCUGCUGGUAGCCCGGCGUGUCGAACGUCGCGCGCCAAAGGCCGAGCCGGAACUGCGGCGUGCCGUUCUCGUGCCGCUCGAUGCGGUCGCGGAGCUGCGCGACCCAGCGCGCGCCGUCCCUGUCCACGGCCCGUGAGCAGCAGCGUCACGACGUCGACCCGAGCGCACGGACGCACCUGUCCUCGAGGUUCCAGAUGAGGGCGACGACGCCGUCUGGCUUGAGCACGCGCGCGAACUCGCGCGCGGCCGCGUCGUAGUCGGGGCACCAGUGGAACGCCUAUGCCACGCAGAAAGAAAAAGACCCGCGCGUUCAGCCGGUGUGUACCUCCAAAGAAGUGGGCGGGGAGCGGGCAUCUCUCACCUGGGCGACGACGACGAGGUCGGCCCAACCGUCUUCGACGUUCGUGUGGUCGAACGUGCCUUCGAUGGCGCUCGCGCACGCGUCGUCGACCGUCUUCUCGAACUGGGCGCGCAUGCCCUCGCUAGGCUCGACCGCACGCAGCUGCUGGACCGCGUCCUUCCACUCUGGGUGCGCCAGGAGCGCACGCGUGAAGAUGCCCGUGCCCGCGCCGACCCUGGCAAACCGAAACCAAAGAAAAGCGAAAAAGUGGGCCCGUGAGAAGGGGGAAAACGUGUGACGGAGGCGUGUGAGCGUACUCUACGAUGUUGAGCGGCGCCGAUCCGCGGACGGCCUUGCGGAUGUGGGAGAUCGCCUCUGAUCGGUACGAAGGACGGGCUCUACGCGCUGGGCUGUGAGAGACGCUGCGGGGUACGUUUGAACUGUAAUGCAUGCAUACCUGUCGUAGAGCUCGUUCGUCCCCGCUCCGAAACCCUUUUGGGCG